AUGGGUAUUAGAAAAGGAGCAAUAGUCGAAGAAGCGGUAUUGAUCACUCGAAGAAGAAGACACCGUGCUGGUAUACUUAAUGAUAUUGAGAAUGAUCUGAACAACAUAAAGGAGACAAUGUGUACAACAGAGGAGGAUGCUAGUUUGUGGAAAAGAAAGUCGGGAUUUAAACAUAAAUUCUCGACUCAUGAGACUUGGAGUUUGCUAAGAGAGAAUAGGACUGUCUGUGGUUGGGCUCGGGAUAUAUGGUAUGCGCAGGCUACACCGAAGUUCGCUUUCAUAUCUUGGCUGGCCAUGCUUGGGAGACUCUCCACAAUGAAUAGAGUUGCUCGUUGGAAUCAAGGAGUGUAUACAACCUGUGUUUUAUGCAAAAAUGCCCAAGAAUCUAGGGAUCAUUUAUUCUUUGAAUGUUCCUUUUCUUCUCAGAUUUGGGAGCAUCUCACUAAAGGGAUCUUGCGUAACUCAUAUACCAAUGUCUGGUCUGCUCUAGUACCUCUGCUCACAGAUGAUAAUAUGGACAAGACGACCUUUUUCUGUUUCAGAUAUGCGUUUCAGGCAACACUGUAUGCAAUAUGGAGAGAACGUAAUAAGAUUAAGCGUGGUGAUAGGCUGAACUAA